UACUGUAUCAGUUUUCCGCCAUACUUCAACUCCAAUUCAGUGCUUGCAGGUCGUCCCUGUGACUGUUUUGUGAGAAGAGCGGUCUUGCGGAGGCGAGAAGCAGCAUAUCUUCUUCUUUCUCUGACUGUGAUGUCCUUAUUCCUAACUCCGAGGAAGCCUUGCCUAACCAGAGGGGCUCCUUCACCGAACAGAGUGCGGCGAUAGUCGCGUACACGGCUAUUGAACGACGGACCUUGGGUAGCCAUCAAGUACGUAUCGGGACCGAUCUGGUAAUGCGAAUCCCAUGGUGAAUCAUCAAUAUCGUAGCCUGGACCUUCAAAGUCAAGGUCUUCUUUGUAAAAGUGCUUUGGACGAUAUCGGUCAAGCUCUUCUCUAUCAGCCUUACGGCGAUCAUCUUCACGUUUUAGUUUUUCACGCAAGUCUUGGAAUUCGUCCUUGUGGGCCGUUGGUCUGGCCUUUUUCUUCCUUUCUUCCAUCUUCGCAUCUUCAUCGUCGAUUUCUGGGGCGAUCUCACCAGGGGCCAGGAAGCCAGGUUUGCCGCGCUUCGUUGCGAUUAUCACCUUUUUAGAGGCUGCAAACAAUGCCUCGAGAUCAUCUACGCUGCCUAAACUGCCGGAAACGGAUCCUUCUUCAGAAAUGUCGGACAGGAUACGGUUAGCGAUUUCUUCUUGGAUGUCGCGAUGUUCCCCACGGAUCAUUCGCAGUGGUACUUGUGGCAAGGUGGGAUCCUCAAGAUCAUCUUCGUAGGUCCGCUUCAUCUCUUUCUUCGAUGGAGUUUCACCUUUAGCCUGUGGUAUAAGUUUUUUCUUCUCCUGUGCGUUGUAGUCAGGAGGUGGUCGGGUUUGUUCUUGAGAUUUCUGAGGUGGUUGGAUGGGACGUCCAAAGCGAUCUACAGGAACUUGUCCAGACUGCUGUAACUUUCUUAGCUCCUCUGGCGUUGGUACCAUACGCCCGAGUUGAUCAGGCGCCAAUCGUUGAUCCAAGUCUAGAGGCCUUCCAAAUGAAUCGUGUGGAAUACGGGCCAAAUCUUCUGGACGGAAAAGUCGUCCUGAAUCCUGAAGAUCCACACUGUCAGCGUAUUGGUCGAGUGGGAUUUUCUUGGGCUGAAUAGGUCGUCCGUGUUGAUCAACGGGACCAGGAGAACGUCCUUGUUGUCGUCUGGGAUCGGCGAGUCGAGGAUCUCUAGGAUCGACAAAUUGCUGAUUUCGUGGAUCCCUAGGGUCGAAAUAGGGCUGUUUUCGAGGGUCGAAUCCUUGAGGAGCAGAUGGAUCGAUGUGCUGGAAGAGAACUCAUUUCAAAAAAUUUCGAAAAAUCCUGGAGAGUCAGGCUACCUUUGGCUGAGCAAACUCCCGUCGCCGUUUAGGCACUUCUUCGAUAGGUGGCGGUGGACGUUCUUUAACUCGUAGAUAGUCGUAGAUGUCAACGGAACUGGCGCUUUCCGCAGCCGGAGCCUUUUGUGGCUCUGCGGUUAUGAAGGAUGGUGCCAAAACAGCUUCCAACAAUUGCUCGGAAGGUGUUUGCUGGACAAAGACCCUCCGCUCCUGUAAUUAUGCAUAUCACAUAUUAACUGACUGA